AUGCGUGUGGUGCGAUUCGGCUUACACCUCUUGGCACCCAGAGAACAAGGACAUCACCCUUACGGAAGCGGUCGAAGCGAUCACAAAAUACGAUUGCAAGCAUGUCGUCAUCACAGGGGGCGAACCGUUCAUCCAAGUCAAGGAGUUGGUGGAACUCUGCCAAGAACUGGAACGACGCGGUCAUCACAUCACUAUCGAAACGAAUGCGACCAUUUUGCGCCUGUGGCAGCACACCUCAUCUCCAUGAGUCCCAAACUGCGAAACUCCAAUCCGCCCGGUGACAACCGUUACUUUCAGAGACAUGAGCGCGGACGCAUCUGCCCCGAUGUUAUCCGGCAAUUCCUUGAUCGGUACGAGUGCCAAGUCAAGUUUGUCGUUGAUCAACCGGCGGAUAUCGAAGAAAUUCAAGCGCUACAAGCAGAAAUCCCACUCCCCACAGAAACAAUUGUGCUGAUGCCCCAAGGCAUAACCCCCGAAGAGUUAGCACCUAAACAGGAGUGGCUUGUAGACAUCUGCAAGGAACACGGCUAUCGCUAUUCGCCACGGGUUCAUGUUGAUAUUUGGGGCACCAAACGAGGGGUGUAA